AUGGACGUUAUUCAUGAUAAAAACAACAACGAAUUUAAAAUCGAACUGGACAAAUCGUCAAACGAUAAAGCAUAUCUAACCUAUGAACUCAGUGGUGACACAAUUGACUUUCAACAUACCUAUGUUCCAUCAAACUAUCGUGGUAAAGGUCUUGCUGAAAAACUUGUUCUAAGUGCAUUAGAUUAUGUGGAAAAAGAAAAAUCUAUUCAAAAGAUCACACCAUCAUGCUCCUAUGUUGCUAAAUUUUUAACUAACGCUCCGCAAUACGCUCGCUAUUUAGCCAAAUAA